GCAUGCCGUUACUGUACGAAACUGCUGCUUGGUUUCUACUUGAGUUUGUUUCGAAAUACCUACCGUUUUAUUAAAAUAUAUUUAAACAUUUUGGAUAACAAGGGUCACGCCUUCGGUUCAGUUUUAAUCUUAUCUAAUUCCAAAGUUCGUUCAGUACGAUAGAUAAGAGAUUGCUUAAGCGUGUCUUUAAAUUAAGUUUAUUUUUCAAAAGUUUAUCGAGUCGUUUUUGUCCUGCGUUUUUGAAAAUGUCAGGUGUUGCUACCGGUGCCCUGAGAGCGGCUAAAGCCGCAUUGCGUAGUGAGUUGAGAAAGAGAAUUGCAAGCAUUUCUCACGAAGAACUUUCCCGACAAUCCAAACUAGUAACAGAGAAAGUUUUGGAAAAUCCUCGUUUCAAAAGUUCUCACCGUGUUUCUCUAUAUCUAAGUAUACCUGAAGAAAUAAGGGUGCAGACAUGGGGAAUACUGGAACAAAUGCUGGAACAAGAUAAAGAAUGCUUUGUUCCAAAAUUUUAUCCAAACAGUCAUCAUAUGACAUUUUUAAAAGUUUAUUCCAUGGAAGACUAUGCCAAACUUGUUGCUGAUGAUUGGACGGUCAAACCACCUUCUGAAGAAGACCUUCAAAGAGAAGAUGCAAGUACUACUGGAGGCUUGGAUUUGAUGAUUGUUCCUGGCUUAGCUUUUACUAAAAGAGGCCAUCGUCUUGGUGGUGGUAAAGGUUACUAUGAUGCUUACAUCCAAAAUUGUUCUCUGGAUCCUCAUGGUCGCCCUUAUACAAUCAGCCCUGCUUUUAAGGAGCAGAUUCUGCAUAGCAUCCCAUGUGAUGUUCAUGAUUUCAUGGUUGAUGAAGUCAUUUAUCCUGAUGAUUAAAAAAAGCAUUUGUUCUCUUUGAUAUAAAAAUUUUACAUUUAUCUGUAGUUCAAGAUGUGUUUAAAGAUAUAUGAAACUAAAAUAGACUUUAAGAUUUUGAAUAUCAUUUUUGUUGAUGAAUGAAUAUUGCUUUUAUUCUGUUGCAGUCUUUACAUUCCAUAAUUUAGUUUAAAAAAAUAAUUAAGUUUAAAUUUAUUGGAAUAAUAUUUUCUAAUAAUUUUGCUGAAUGUGUUAAGAAGAAGCAUGUUAAGUAUUUAAAUAGUUUUUUUUUAAGUUAUGUUUUUUCUUAUUAUACUAUUAAAAAAAGUUUUUUUAUUAUUCUGGAUAAUUUUGGGGGCAGAUUUAUUUUCUUGUAAUAUAUAGUAUCUCUUUUUAGAAUAUUAUGAUUCUAAUGUUAUAUCUUGGAUAUUAAAUAUGGUUUCAUAUCUAUAAUAUGAAAUCAAAUUUUGAUCUUUUGCAACUUUAAUAUGAAAAUACUGUUCCUAGUGUAAAUUAUUUGUUUUUAUUGUACUUAAAGACAUUUCCACAAUGGAAUAUUAUAAUCUGAAGCGAAUCAUUUUAGUUCCAUUUAGUUUAGUGAAUCAUUUUUGUAUAGCCAGAUAUUAUUGUAAAUUGUUAUAAUAAGUACUUUUUUUUCUUAUUUUGAAUUUUUGUCCUGAUUAAAAAUUAUCAUUCAAUAUUCAGUUAUUUCAUGCUUUUAAAAUUUACAGUUGAUCAUAAUACUUAAUUAAUAUAAAAAAAGAUUUUGGAAGAAAAAGAAAAUAAGAUCAUUUUUAUUUUAUUAUGAAUUAAUGUUUAUGUAUAUUAUAAUUGGAUAUGAAAUGACUUCAAUACAUCUUCUGUUAUCUAAAUAUUGUAAAUGAAAUGUAAAAAUUAUUUUUCUAGCUAUGAAAUGCAAAAUUGAAUAAGGAUGAAAAGUCAUAGAGCUUGUAAUUAUUUUUCACUUAAUAUAAAUGAGCAAAAGUGAAGAGAAAGAUAUAGUGUUGCUACUUAUAAUAUAAAACCAUAUGAUUUGGUUCAGAAAGUGAAUGUCAAUCAUUUAAGUAUUUGCCUACUUAUUAAUGAUAAUUGUGUUAUUUGAUGUCGAGUGAAGUAUAAAGUAUUUUCUGCUCAAUGAUUUGUUAUCUUAUGAAUGUUAAUCAUUCUAUUUGCAUAUUUAUCUUAUUUUUAUAUAUAAAUAUCAUAAUAAAUGUAUUAAAUUGAUACAGUCAAUAAUGCACCUCUGAGUGAGAGUUUAGUUAAAAAUGUGAAUUAAAAAAAAGUUUAUAUACAUGUUAUAGAAAAAAGCUUUUUUCUUUAAUUUUUUUUUCUUCAAAUUAAGACAAAGAUUUCCAUUGUUUUUGCAUUUGACUAAAAUAUUUAUAAUCUUAAAAAGGUAUUUAAUCUUAUAAAAAAAUUUUAACUCUGUCUUUAAUUAUCUUUUUCUGAAAUAUUUUUAUAAAUCCAAAUUUUAAAAUGAUGUGAUUGAAAAUUGCAAUCAAAAAGUUGCUUAUAAAAUAGAGUUCUUAAUUUUGAAUACUAGUAUUUCAAAUAAUCCUGGACUAUUUUGUAAAAAUCAAACCAUAUUUAAUUCUUUUAUAUUUUUAAUAAAUACUAAUGAAAGUUGACAGGAAAAUUUUACAUUUCCAAUUUUGAAGAAGAAAGAUAUAUUUUUGAAUAUGUGUUGUAAAUGCAGAUAUAUCAUAACAGUUCUAAAUAUUUUUGAGUAUUUCAAGUUGAAUUUUAAAUAUGCUCUUGAUUGUUUUUUUUUUUUUUUUUUUUUUUUGCCUAACUGCUGCUAUUUGUUUUUUAAUUUUUUCAGUUAUGUUAGGAAUCAUUUUCUUUCAUUUAAAAGCCCUGUUAAGUGAAAAAAUUACAUUUACCGAUUAAUUUUUAAUGUUUUUAGUAUUUUCUUUUUAUUUACUGAAAAGAACACUCGUAAAUGGGCCAAAGUUAUACAUAUCUACUCUUUGAAGACUUGUCUUAUUUUUAUUUUUAUGCCAAAAAUGAGCUUAAAUAUUUCUUAUAUAUAUAAAAGGUGUCCUGUUUGUAAAAUCUAAUUAUAAAAUAUAUAUUUAUUGUGCAAAAUAUUUUACAUUUUUAAAAACUACUGUUUAUUAUUAAAAAUUUAUGUGAUUGUGAAAGAAAUGGAUAUAUGAAUUGCUCAAUCAAAAGAAAAUUAAGGUGUAAGUCAAUACAUGUUUUUUGUAUGAUUCCUUAUUUUUCAAAAUAAAAUUUUGUAUUG